AGCGCGGCGGCGGCGAAGGCCAGCUUCCGCGGAGUUUGUGCCCGAGCUUCCCGGCCCGGCUCUGGUCGCCUCAUGCGCACAAAUGGGGCUAGGGGACCGAUUGGGUCUGUAUGGCGAAGGACAGCUAAUUUCUGAAGGAAAGUAGCCACCAGUACAACUCGGGUCGCCCCCACUACUACUUCGAGGGAGUGGCCACAGCAGAUCUUAUCUGGUGGCGAGUGGCUGUCAUGAUCUCUACAGCACCGCUCUACAGCGGCGUGCACAACUGGACCAGUUCUGACCGGAUUCGCAUGUGUGGCAUCAACGAGGAGAGAAGAGCACCUCUUUCUGAUGAGGAGUCCACGACAGGUGACUGCCAGCACUUUGGAUCUCAGGAGUUUUGUGUUGGCGGCAGUUUUUCCAAGGUGGAGCUCACCGCAGUUGGAAGUGGCAGCAAUGCCCGGGGGGCAGACUCAGAUGGCAGUGCGACAGAAAAACUUGGGCACAAGUCCGAGGAGCAGCCUGAUGAUCUCCAGUCAAAAAUGGACUAUGCUGGGAAUACUGCAGAGGCUGAGGGGCUCCUGGUGCCACUGAGCAGCCCAGGAGACGGGCUCAAACUGCCCACUCCUGACAGCCCCGAGGCCUGCAAUAGCAGGGCCGACUGCUCUUGGACUCCCCUCGGCACGCAAAUGAGCAAGCAAGUUGACUGCUCAGCAGCUGGGGUAAAGGCUUUGGACUCAAGGCACGGUGUUGGGGACAAGAAUACUUUCAUUUUGGCAACUUUGGGAACCGGAGUCCCCGUGGAUGGGAGCCUGCCUCUGGUUACCACUAACUUUAGUUCGCUGCCAGCUCCCAUUUGUCCCCCUACUCCUGGUUCGGCCUCUGUACCCCCAUCUGUUCCAGAUCCAUUCCAGGUUCCCCUCUCUGUCCCUGCCCCAGUACCCCAUUCUGGGCUAGUUCCAGUCCAAGUUGCUACUUCGGUUUCAGCUCCUUCUCCUCCCCUAGCGCCAGUCCCUGCUCUGGCCCAGGCCGCAGCACCACCCUCAGUACCCACUCUUAUCUCAGACUCAAGCCCCCUGUCUGUGUCAGCCUCUGUGUUGGUGCCUGUGCCAGCAUCUGCUCCACCCUCGGUCGCAGUCCCCCUGUCAGCUCCUGCUCCUACUCCUCUCUCAGUGCCCGUUUCAGCCCCUCCUUUGGCCCUGAUCCAGGCUUCUGGGACUCCUUCAGCUCCCACUUUGGUCCUCGCUCCGGUGCCCACACCAGUUUUGGCUCCUAUGCCAGCAUCCACACCUCCAGCAGCCCCUGCCCCUCCGUCUGUGCCGAUGCCCACUCCAACGCUGUCCUCUGGCCCGCCUUCUACCCCUACCCUCAUUCCUGCCUUUGCUCCCACGCCGGUGCCUGCACCCACCCCAGCCCCAAUCUUUACUCCAGCCCCCACGCCCAUGCCGGCUGCCACACCAACUGCCAUUCCCACUUCGGCCCCCAUCCCAGCUUCCUUCAGUUUGAGUCGAGUGUGUUUUCCUACAGCUCAGGCACCAGCUAUGCAAAAAGUCCCUCUGUCUUUUCAGCCAGGGACAGUGCUAACCCCAAACCAGCCACUGGUUUAUAUCCCACCUCCAAGCUGUGGGCAGCCACUCAGUGUGGCCACACUGCCAACUACCCUGGGAGUGUCCUCCACUCUGACGCUCCCUGUCCUGCCAUCCUACCUGCAGGACAGGUGUCUCCCGGGCGUGCUGGCCUCACCGGAACUCCGGUCUUACCCAUAUGCAUUUUCUGUGGCCCGUCCUCUGACAUCAGAUUCUAAGCUAGUCUCUCUGGAAGUGAACAGACUCCCGUGCACUUCCCCAUCCAGUAGCUCUACCACCCAGCCCACACCUGAUGGGGUCCCCGGGCCUUUGGCAGAUACCUCCCUCACCACUGCUUCUGCCAAGGUGCUUCCAACUGCACAGCCUUUGUUGCCAGCCCCCAGUGGGAGCUCAGUCCCACCACACCCCACCAAGAUGCCAGGUGGUGCUGAGCAGCAAACAGAAGGGAGUUCUAUUACCUUCUCUCCCCUCAAAUCACCUCCACAGCUAGAACGGGAGAUGGCCUCUCCACCAGAGUGCAGCGAGAUGCCCCUUGACCUCUCCUCCAAGUCUAACCGCCAGAAGCUUCCCUUGCCGAACCAGCGCAAAACACCUCCCAUGCCCGUGUUGACGCCGGUACACACCAGCAGCAAGGCCCUCCUCUCCACAGUCCUGUCGAGGUCUCAGCGCACAACCCAGGCUGCUGGCAGCAAUGUUACCUCCUGCCUGGGCUCUACGUCCUCACCCUUUGUGAUCUUCCCUGAGAUUGUGAGGAACGGGGAUCCCAGCACCUGGGUGAAAAACUCCACUGCGCUGAUCAGCACCAUUCCUGGCACAUAUGUGGGAGUGGCCAACCCAGUGCCUGCAUCUCUGCUGCUGAACAAAGAGCCCAACCUGGGCCUCACUCGAGACCCCCGCCAUCUCCCCAAGCAGGAGCCCAUCUCCAUCAUUGAUCAAGGAGAGCCCAAGAGCACUGGUGCCGCAUGUGGCAAAAAGGGCACCCAGACUGGUGCUGAAGGACAGCCAAGCACAGCAAAGACUCGUUACACCCCAACCCGUAUUGCCCCUGGGCUGCCAGGGUGCCAAACCAAGGAACUUUCCUUGUGGAAACCUACAGGGCAGGCAAAUAUUUAUCCACGGUGUUCAGUCAAUGGGAAACCCACCAGCACCCAGGUCCUGCCUGUUGGCUGGUCACCAUACCACCAAGCAUCUCUACUUUCCAUUGGCAUUUCCAGUGCCGGGCAGCUGACUCCCAGUCAGGGGAUGUCCAUCAGACCAGAGUUUUCUGGUGUGCCAUCUCUUGGCCCCAGUGAAGCUGUGCAUGGACUUCCUGAGGGGCAGUCGCGGCCCGGGGGCCCCUUUUCUCCAGAGCAGGACACUGUCACAAAGAACAAAACUUGCCGGAUUGCUGCCAAGCCUUAUGAAGAACAAGUCAAUCCUGUCCUCCUGACUCUCAGCCCUCAGACAGGGACCCUGGCUCUGUCAGUUCCACCUAGCAGUGGGGACAUAAGAGUGAAUCAGGAGCCCGAGGAAUCAGACAGCCACCUCUGUUCUGAUAGUACUCUUAAGAUGGAAAGUCCCCAGGCGGCUUGUGGCCUGAAGCUAGCAGGAGACACAAAGCCUAAGAACCAAGUGCUGGCUACCUAUAUGUCUCAUGAGCUGGUCCUGGCCACUCCCCAGAACCUGCGCAAGAUGUCUGAGCUGCCUUUGCUACCUCAUGACAGCCACCCCAAGGAACUUAUCUUGGACGUGGUUCCAAGCAGCAAGAGGGGCUCCAGCACAGAGCUUUCGCAGCUUGGAAGCCAGGUGGAUCUGGGGCGGGUGAAAAUGGAAAAGGUGGAUGGUGAUGUGGUCUUCAAUUUAGCCAGCUGUUUCCGGGCUGAUGGCCUCCCAGUAGCUCCCCCGAGGGGUCAAGCGGAAGUGCGAGCUAAGGCUGGGCAGCCUCGAGUAAAGCGGGAAAGUGUUGGGGUCUUUACUUGCAAGAACAAGUGGCAGCCAGAUGAAGUGACAGAAUCCCUGCCACCCAAGAAGAUGAAGUGUGGCAAAGAGAAAGAAGCUGAGGAACAGCAGCUGCCGCCUCCACCUCAAGUCAAGCCCAUAGUCCGGAGUUCCCUGGGAUCCAAGUGCCGGAAGCUGCCAAGUGAUCCCCAGGAACCCACCAAGAAAAGCCCCAGGGGGGCUUCAGAUUCAGGAAAAGAGCACAAUGGAGUCAGGGGAAAGCACAAGCACCGGAAACCAACAAACUCGGAAUCUCAGUCUCCAGGAAAAUGCACAGACGGCCACGAAGAAGGUUCCUUGGAAAAGAAAGCGAAGAGCAGUUUCCGUGACUUCAUCCCUGUGGUUCUGAGCACUCGGACACGCAGUCAGUCUGGAAGCAUCUGUAGCUCCUUUGCCGGUAUGGCAGACAGUGACAUGGGAAGCCAGGAAGUCUUCCCCACAGAGGAGGAAGAAGAGGUGGCUCCCACCCCAGCUAAGCGUCGAAAGGUGAGAAAAACCCAACGAGAUACCCAGUACCGCAGCCAUCAUGCCCAGGACAAGACCUUGCUGAGCCAAGGCCGCAGACAUCUAUGGAGAGCCCGAGAGAUGCCUUGGAGGACAGAGGCUGCCCGGCAAUUGUGGGACACCAAUGAGGAGGAAGAAGAAGAUGAGGAGGAGGGCUUGGUAAAGAGGAAGAAACGGAGACGGCAGAAGAGCCGGAAAUAUCAGACUGGCGAGUACCUGACAGAACAAGAAGAAGAGCAGCGGCGGAAAGGGAGAGCAGAUUUAAAGGCUCGUAAGCAGAAGACUUCCUCCCCAAGUUCAGAGCACUGCCUCAGGAACAGGAACCUUCUGUUGUCCAGCAAAGCCCAGGGGAUCUCGGAUUCACCAAAUGGUUUCCUCCCCAAUAACCUAGAGGAGCCAGCCUGCCUUGAAAAUUCAGAGAAGCCAUCAGGAAAACGAAAGUGCAAGACCAAGCACAUGGUAAACGUCUCAGAAGAGAUAAAGGGCAAAGGUCGUUGGACCCAGCUGAAAACACGAUCUGUCAAAUCUCCCACCCCAGCAAAGCCCACAGAACCAUGUAUACCCUCUAAGUCCCGAAGUGCCGGCCCAGAGGAAGUCUCAGAGUCACCUACAGCUCGACAGAUCCCCCCAGAAGCACGGCGGCUCAUAGUGAACAAAAAUGCUGGUGAGACCCUACUGCAGCGGGCAGCUCGUCUGGGCUAUAAGGAUGUGGUUCUCUAUUGUCUCCAGAAGGACAGCGAGGAUGUGAAUCACCGCGAUAAUGCUGGCUACACGGCCCUGCAUGAGGCUUGUUCCCGGGGCUGGACUGACAUCUUGAACAUCCUGCUGGAGCAUGGGGCUAAUGUGAACUGCAGUGCACAGGAUGGCACAAGACCAGUUCAUGAUGCUGUGGUCAAUGACAACCUGGAAACUAUCUGGCUCCUGCUGUCCUACGGGGCUGAUCCCACACUGGCUACCUACUCAGGUCAGACAGCCAUGAAGCUGGCUAGCAGUGACACCAUGAAGCGCUUUCUCAGAGAUCACCUGUCUGAUCUUCAGGGCCGAGCCGAGGGUGAUCCUGGUGUGUCCUGGGAUUUUUACAGCAGUUCUGUGCUGGAGAAAAAAGAUGGGUUUGCCUGUGACCUCCUGAAUAAUCCUCCUGGGAGCUCUGAGCAAGGAGAAGAGGUGGAAGAGGAUGACUUCAUGUUUGAACUUUCAGACAAACCUCUUCUUCCUUGUUACAAUCUUCAAGUGUCAGUGUCCCGAGGGCCCUGCAACUGGUUCCUCUUCACCGAUGUCCUGAAGAGGCUGAAGCUUUCCUCCAGGAUCUUUCAGGCCCGGUUCCCACACUUGGAAAUCACCACCCUGCCCAAAGCUGAGUUCCACAGGCAGGUGGCCUCCAGUCAGCUGCUGACCCCUGCCGAGAGGCCCGGAGGCCUGGAGGACAGGUCUCCCCCAGGCUCCUCUGAGACUGUGGAGCUGGUGCGCUAUGAGCCUGAGCUGCUGCGGCUCCUAGGGUCUGAGGUGGAAUUCCAGUCUUGGAACAGUUGACGGGGAAACAGCUUCCCCCCUGUUCUUCUUUCUCCUCCUGGGUUCACCCUUCCCUCACCUCCCAUGUCUUCCUCCACCGAGCACCAGACUGCAGAAUGAGGCAAUAAUAUGGACCAACAAGAAGCCGCCUUAUCAAUGCCAGCAUUAGUGACUGGAUUUUUUUUUGUUUGGUUUGGUUUGUUUUAUUUUUGUUGUUGUUACAGUUAGUUCUCAUCUCCCUGUCAUCAUCAUUGUUGUUGUGGUUGGUGAUGGGAGUGGAAAGUUGAACUCCACAUCUGAAGACAAGAGAUCCAGGGAUGGUGACAGGUGGCGCCAGGACCCCUUGGACUGGUCCCUCUGCUUAUGACCAAGACCAAUGUUGGGCCUGGUGGCCACAGCUUGUCCUGAAGAGAAAUAAGAAAAGCCCAAAUCUCUAAGCGCCCUCCCUCCAUCCCCCUGUGCUCUUCUGUCUUCCAUAGUAUUUAUUUUAUUAGUAUUUAAUUUGUAUUGUUUCAUUGGUUUCUGAUAAGUCUGUAUCACUGUGACAAUUUGAGACAACUUGUUGUAUUGAGGGACUUUCUUUACCUCCUUUCUUUCUUCCUGGAUAAGCUUUGGGCUGCUCCCUUCCUCUGACAGUUAUUUCGACUCUUGGUUUCCCACCAUUGGGGAAGGGUAGAGGACAUUAGUGUGAGUAAACAAGCUGGCUGCUGCUGACACAGAGCUGGGGGGACUGGGGGUAAAUCCUGAGGCUUUGGUGCUCCCCCUCCCCUGCCAGAUUUUCUUCUUCCUCCACUUUGCAACAGCCCUGCCAUCUUGAGAUUAGUGUUUACUAGUGAGAGGAGAAUUGUGGGGUGAGGGGUUCCUGAAUUACUCUAAGAAAAGGAGAGUUUUGAGACUAGGACUCGGGGGAUGAAGGUGCCUCCCUUGCUUUCUUCCCUGCACCCCUCAGAGUGCACAAUGUGGGUUUAUUCUUGAAUCUUUUGCCUUGCAGCACCCUAACCCUGAUGUCCCAUCCUCCACACACUGAGCCUCUCCCCUCCCAGCCCUCAUCCCCAUCUUUACCCCCUUCCCAGACUCACAGCACCUCUUUUUUCUCCCUCCUUUAUCUCUGUCCCCGCCCCCCCCCCCCAUUCUCCUCUGAAAUCUGUAGAGGGCUCGAAGAUUGACUGCCAGAUGUGUGAUCGGGCACCACCUGUUUCUGAGGUGAUGAGGGCAGGACACCAAUCUCCAGCCUGGGCGCCAUUGCUGGGGUCCUAGGACUAAGUGUGUGCCCUCCAGGCCUCCCUGUGGAUCUCUAGGCCUCCAAUGUUGGAUCUGCUCUGCAACAGAGGAAGGGAGGGAGGAGGAGGAUGUCCCUGCUCCCUCUGUGCUAUUGUCUUUCCCACUCUUGUUCUUAUUUUUCUACCGAUUGCUAUUUUUCCGAACAAUCCUUGUAGAGAGUGUGUACCAUCCAAAGGCAAGAGGGCCUCACUGUGGCUGGCUCUGGUUGGAGAUGGUACAUUUUUAUUGUACAGGUGCUAAACAACAACAACAAAAGAAGAAAAUGGAAAAAAAAAAAGACAAAAAAAAAGGAAAAAAAAAGCCAGUUUGAGGAUGGGACAAUCUGUUCUCUGGAAGUUCCUGACCUAUUCAGGAGCAUUGAUGGUUAUUUUCUUUGUAUUGUGUUCUUUGUUCCUGGGGGAAUUUUUGGGCCCCCUUCUGUAGGACAACUCCCCAGCCCCAUCAUCCUGCCCAGUUGAUUUUGAACAAUUGUUCUCCCUUUCUAACAAAAACAAAUUAUAUAUAUGCAUAUGUAUGAGUAUAUAUGUGUAUAUAUAAAGUUGAGGGGUUUUGGAUUUCAAUUUUUUAGUUUUGUUGGGGUUCAUGAUAUUGUGUGGUUUAUUUUAUGUUUUAUGUUUGCCUUUACUUUUUUGCAUUUGGGUGUGUAUUCUGGCUGCCCUUUUAUGUUUCAUUAAGCAACUGGCUGUGGAGUCAAAAAAACACUUGCAUACUGAAUAACCUGUGUCAGGGC